AUGUCUAACAACAUUAUUUUUUUGAAGAAUAGAACUACCCCAUUAGAUAAGUACGAGGUUGAAUCUAAGGAUAACCAAUAUUCAGAUGUUCAGUUCUUACCUUUAAUCGCUCAUACACAUCACCCUAUGGAGGCGCUACUCCUUUUGAAGAACAACGACUAUCUAAGUAGUUUAAGGUACCUUAUAGUUACGUCACAGAGAACUGUUGAAUGUCUGCGUGAAAGUAUCAUUCCAACUUUAACAAAUGAACAGAAAGAAAAAUUAUUUGGUUUGUCUGUUUAUACUGUAGGCCCCGCUACUGGUGAUUUUUUAAGAAGAGUAGGGUUUCAUAAUGUAAAAGGUGAUGAUAUGGGGAAUGGGGAUAAACUAUCUGACUUUAUCAUUGAAGAUAUAGGGGACGACUACAACGGAGAGAUUUUAUCACUUGUCGGUGCAAUUCGUAGAGAUAUUAUCAAGAACAAAUUGAAGCAGGUCGGCCUUUCAGUAAAGGAAGUAGUCACUUAUGAGACUAGCGUGUUAAAUGAUAACUUAGACAGAUUCCAAAAUACACUAAUAGAUAUUGCCGAUAAAGAAGAAUGUGACAGCAAAUCAUGUUGUUGGGUGGUUAUAUUUAGUCCUCAAGGUGCAAAAGAUAUCAUUAAAUUUUUAAAACAAAAUCCAAGUAUUAAAAAUAAAUUAGAUUUAAAGAUAUCGUGUAUCGGUCCAACAACAAACAAUUACUUAUUAGAUAACGGUAUCAACCCAGAAGUCGUUAGUCCUGAACCAACACCAGAUUCUUUACUAGGUGCUAUCGAUGGUUUCCAAAAAUCAAUGACAACAGCAGUUCAACACUAG